AUGAACAGCGAAUUUAUCACCAACGAGCCCCUCCGGGAUCUCGACUUGACCUCAGACCAGCUGAUCGAUCUUAUGAAGGAGAUUCUGGGCGAGGGAUUCCGCUUCGAGAAACCUGUCUACCCCACUGACGCUGAGGUUAUUAACGGCGUUAUCGAUCGCAUCACCCUCGAUCCCCUCGCACUCGAUCGCCAGAACGCAGCUAUCAAGGCAGCCAAACAGGGCAAGGACCCUAGAGCGGCGGCUUCAUCUGGCAAGACCGACCAUUCGCGCCCGGUCUAUGUUCCUUCUCAAUCUGCGAAGCUGUCAACCGACGAGUACAACAACCUCAUCAUGAAGACCUUCCCGAAGUACGAGACGAUGAAGGCGGGCGACUGGUCCGGAGAGAACGAAAAGUUCGUGGCUUGGGACCUGAUCAAGCGGUACCCCAUGAACUACAUUGGAAAGACCAACCGGCCCAAGUGCAUGCCGUUCUUCAAGAACAUGACCGACGAGUUCACCUGGGACUUCUUCUACGUCUACCAUCCCAAGGCCCUCGAUCAGGCCCCGUUCAUCUUCGUCCCCACCGAGCAGCUCGAGCACUUCCUCGACAUCAUCAACGCCUCCGUCCAGACAAAGCUGACCGUUCCUCCUGGCAAGCCCAGCGAGAAAUUCAACCUCGUCUUCGGCUCCACCUGCACCAUCCGUCCCAAGUACGUUGGCCGUUCUUCCACUCACAACGAGUAUAAGGCACUCCAAGACGCGAUUCCUCCUCCCACCGAAGAGGACUCUUGCGGGGAUGCGACCGUUCACGGCAUGGAAUUCCUCCUGGCCAACCUCAGCGCUCACAGCAAGGACGACCAGGUCAAGAGCAAGAACAAGAAGAGAAAGCAAGAGAAGGUGCAGAAUCGCGACGAGUCGGUCUAUGAUGCCCAGCUGUACCUUGGCCUUCGCCCGCUGGCUAGCGUCGUUGAGGAAAAGGACAAGAAGGUUGUGCUUGAGGAACCGGUUCCCCAUGCGCUCAACAAGGACGUCAUUUUCAUGUGCAUCGACAUCGAAGUCGCUGAAGAGCAUCAUGGCACCAUCUUGGAGGUCGGCAUGUCCACCCUUAACACCAGAGACAUUGCCGGAAUUGCGCCUGGUGAGACUGGUCGCAACUGGUUCCCUUACAUCAAGAGCCGCCACCUCAUCACGAACGACUACAAGUACAUGCGGAACAAGAAGUACAUCAAGGGCUGCCCCGAGCUCUUCGACUUUGGUGAGAGCGAGUAUCCCCCGGUCACUGAGCUCCGAGCGAACAUUCUAGCCGCCUUCGACGAGCUUUCCGAAUCUGGUGUCGCUGAUAAGGAGAAGGGCUUCCGCAACAUCGUCCUCGUCGGCCACGACAUCAACUCCGACCUCACCUACAUGGCCGGCAUGGACGUGCACCCCUGGACCGUCGGCGGCAUGAUGCGCUGCCUCGACACCAAGGACAUGCACCAGGCCUGGCGCAAGGGUGAGCAGGGUCGCGGCCUCGGCUUCGUGCUGCAGGAUCUCGAGAUUCCGUCCAAGAACCUACACAACGCGGGCAACGACGCCGCGUACACCAUGCGUGCCCUACUCGGUCUUGCUGUCCGCGCUAAGAUGGAUGAGCAGGAGGGCAGUGCUGAGAACAAAGUGAUUGCUUCUUGA